AUGGAUCAAUCAAAUGUUGGUGUCGUCAAGCAACACGUUGAGAAACCUGAGAAAUUCAAGGUUGUUGAUUUCAAACGUUCCCUUCCCCCGGAGGUUGGGAAUUUACAAAGUCUAAGUGAACUGGACAUUUCUGAUAACAUGUUAUCUGGAGAACUCCCCAGUAGCCUUGGUGGUUGUGAGAGUUUAGAAGUCCUGCACUUGCAAGGAAACUUCUUCAACGGGUCCAUUCCUUUGUCUAUGAGUUCAGUGAGAGGGAUUCAAGAUCUAGAUCUUUCUCGCAAUAAUUUUUCAGGUGAAAUUCCACAUUUUUUAGAAGGCUUUAGAAUCCUAAAUAAUCUGAACUUAUCAUUCAAUCAAUUUUGGGGAGAGGUACCAACUGGAGGUGUUUUCAAAAAUGCGAAUGCUAUUUCAGUUGUUGGCAACACUAAUCUGUGCAGCCCUGUUGCUAAUUUAAAGCUUCCCAAAUGCAAAUCUAAAGAGACCAAGAAACGAAAAUUGUCUCGUAGCUUGAAACUAAUACUCCCUUUAGUAUUUGGACUUACUCUUCUAGGAAUAGCCAUGGUGUUCUCCUAUUUCUUUCUUUGUUCGCCAAUGAAGAAAAGGAAAGAAAUUUCGUUGAGCACUUUGGGGAACAAUAUUCUGCAAGUGUCAUAUGCUACUCUACUCAAAGCUACUGACAGGUUCUCAGAGGCUAAUUUAAUUGGUGCUGGUAGUUUUGGGUAUGUGUACAAAGGAGUUCUUGAUGAGGAUGAUAAAGCUCAACUUGUUGCCGUGAAGGUGUUUAACUUGUUACGCCGUGGAGCUUCGAAGAGUUUCAUAGCCGAAUGUGAAGCUUUGAGAAAUAUUAGGCACCGAAAUCUCGUCAAGAUUAUAACCGUGUGUUCAAGUGUUGAUUUUCAUGGUAAUGAUUUCAAGGCUCUAGUUUUUGAGUACAUGGACAACGGGAGCUUAGAGGAGUGGCUGCAUCCACCUACUGGAACUGAAGACUUAAGAGAUCAUGUACCCAAGAAGUUCAGUCUUCUUCAGAGGCUAGAAAUUUCCAUUGGUGUUGCUUGUGCACUAGAUUAUCUUCAUAAUCAUUGUGAAACGCCAAUAGGUCAUUGUGAUCUCAAGCCAAGAAACGUUCUCUUGGACAACGAAUUGAUUGGCCAUGUUUCUGACUUUAGAUUAACAAGGUUUCUUUCACAAGUAAAGAGUAAUGUUUCAACAAUUCAAAGUCAGACAAGUUCCGUUGGAAUAAGAGGAACGGUUGGUUAUGUAGCUCCAGAGUAUGGCAUGGGAAGUGAGGUGUCAACGAAUGGUGAUGUCUACAGCUUUGGCAUUCUCUUGUUGGAGAUGUUUACAAGGAAAAGACCCACUGACAACAUGUUUGAUGAUAGCUUGAACCUUCAUAAUUUUGUCAAGAUGGCUAUCCCUUAG